AUUGGAAUUACACGACUUUGCACAGGAGGGUGUAGUGAACGAAGGAGACUUAAAAAAAAGGAGUGAAAUAUAAAGACACAACUUAAGGAACUAUGCUGGCAGAGGGGAGAGAAACACCGAUCGCCACCGAUGGCGGAGAAGAGGAACCGUGUCCGCGUAGCUCAAUCAUCGACCACAGUCGGCGGCACCGGACAGCCUUCACGCGGGAGCAACUGUCCCGUCUCGAGCAGGAGUAUUGCAAGGAGAGCUACGUCUCCAGACCGCGGAGAUGCGAGCUGGCAACUGCGUUGAAUCUUCCCGAGACUACAAUCAAGGUGUGGUUCCAGAACAGGAGGAUGAAAGACAAGCGACAGAGACACUCUCUGAGCUGGCCUCACCCCCUGGACCCCAGUCUCUGUGUCGUCAUGGUGACCCAGACCGCCGCCAGCGUCCCCUACCACUACCUCCCCCACCUCCCCCUGCACCUCUACUCCCCCUUCUCCUCCCCCCCCAGCCCGUACUCGGCCCCCUUCAGGCCCCUGGACCCCCUACGUCUCCCCCAGCCUUCCUACCCCCGGCCGGGUGGUCUGCCCCCGGCCGGCCUCUACCCCCCCACCCACAUGAGGCACAGGGAGGGCAUGAUCACGCUGAACACAGCUCAGCCAUCUGAGCCAGUCUUUAGAGACAACUGCUGCCUGCAGAUUAUCUUCUCGACAUGCUCUUCAGACGAACCUUUAAUUGGAGGGUUCCCCCUGGAUGCUGCCUUCAGGAUAAUUAGAGAUCCCGACCACGAAGGAGCUGGGAUGGUGAGCAGCCAGGGAGGGCAGACAGAGAAUCUCUGGCGUGUCAGUGUUAGGAGAACCCUCUCUGGCGUGUCAGUGUUUGGAGAACCCUCUCUGGCGUGUCAGUGUUAG